CUUGUGUUGGAAUUGGAAUGACAGUAGUGUAGUAGAGAAUGGCGAAAAUUGGUUGAGAUGGUUAAAAAUGAAUUGAUUAUAUUGAGAUACCGUAUGGGAUUUAUUUGAAUAGUGAUUGUGUUAAUUUAUCGUAUUAUCAUUAAAAUACUGUUGUCACAGCGGAAAGUAACCUUUGGAAUUUGUAACGGAAACGUCAUCAGUUGCCUGUCUAGUCACUUGAUAAAAAGCAUUUAUGACAAGUAUUGAUGUAAAUAAUAAAUAAAUUUAUUGUGUGUUAAUCAUAUUUGAGUAUUAAGAGUUUUACCUACUCAGAGCAAAUGAUUUAGUCAUAAUAGACAAUUAAUAAGAUUAUGUCAUCGCGCGUUUUAAGAAAACUUGGAUUACAGGGUGAAAAAGAUAUAACCUCUUUGGGUGAUGAUGCAAGUGAUACAGAAGCAGAUUUUUCAAGUUCAGGAGGAGCAAAGAAAAAACAGUUGAAUAUAAACCGCUAUGAUCUGCUGAAUCAGCAGUCCCAUUCAGAGUCUGAGGUUAAGGAGGAUGAUGAUCAUGAGACUGCGGGUUCCUUAAAUGCACAGGAGAAUGAAGCAGAACACAAAGAAGCAGCCCGUCGGAAAAAGAAAAAGAAGAGGAAGAAGCCUGGAAAAAUACCAAACAAUGCAAGAAGCAGUGAGGAUAACAUCGAGGAUGAAGUAGAGAGAUCAGUGCGGGAAGUGAACGAGCUUCUAGGGGACACUCCUGGGAGAGUGACUCAAGAACCAGCCUCCAUGCACGCUGGAGGGCCUAAAAAAGGGAUUCUUAACAUUGAACAUCGCAGUCUCAAUCCCAAUAAUGAACUAAAGAGAAUAUUUGGAUCAAAGAUAGUACAAAAUGAGCAAAGCAAGAGAAGAGGAGGAUCUCGCACCAGAGGCCAUUUGAAAACUACAUGGCUUGUUUCGCCUAAAGAAAAUUGGCCUCCUAUUGGCAAGCCAGGGUUGUCGAUGAGCCUUGUGAAGACUGAGAAUGGAGUUAGCACAUUCACAUAUGAACACAGCAUCAAUUAUCAACAGGUCCAGGUCAAGUUCCUCGACGCGGUGGAGAGCCUCAACCCUGACAAUAUUGUGGGUCUAAUCAACUUGCACCCGUACCACGUAGAUGCCCUGUUACAGCUGUCAGAGUUGUGUCGGCUCAGCGAAGACUUGCCCAUGGCGGCCGAACUCAUAGAGCGGGCCCUCUAUUGCCUUGAGUGUGCCUUCCACCCCUCCUUUUCCUUGGCCUCUGGCAACUGCAGGCUGGACUACCGCCGGCAAGAAAACAGGGCUCUGUUUAUAGCAGUGUUUAAGCACUUGAUGUUUGUGGGAGCUCGUGCAUGCUGCCGCACAGCACUAGAGUUCUGUAAGCUUCUCCUCUCCUUGGAACCUGAGGGUGAUCCUCUGGGUGUACUGCUCACCAUUGAUUUUUACGCUCUGCGUGCCCAGAAAUAUGAGUGGCUCAUACGACUCGCCUCCGAGUGGGAACCGUCCAGAAACCUCUCACAGCUGCCCAACUUUGCAUUCUCCAUUGCUGUGGCACAUUUCCAGCUCGGUCAGGACGUGGAGCUGGCUCACCACUUGCUACAGAAUGCCCUCAUAAUGUUCCCAGGAGUAUUGGUACCCUUAUUAACCAAAUGUGGAGUGCAGCCGGACUCGAGGGUCUCCUCUCACCUGUUCUUUACCACUGCCGAUACCAGCCAGAGCCCAUCAUUGGCUGUGCUGGUGCAGUUGUAUGUGGCCCGCUGCUAUCACAUCUGGAAGGAAUCGGAACUGCUUCCCUGGCUUGAACGCAAUGUUCACACGGUCCUGGAUCGAGUAGACAAGAAAGAUCCCUAUGUCUCUGACUGUGAGGCGAAACGCUCCAAGCGUUAUCCCAAACUGCCUCCAAAUCUUCACAGGCAUAUCAUUCUCUCUGAUAUCAAGGAUGUUACCUGUAGUGAGAUGUCUGAGAGUCCAAUUCUCAGCUUUGAUCCACUGCCACCUGUCGAUUCAAUCAACUUGUACAGUAGGCCAACCAGGUAUCAGAACCCCAGUGCAUUUUACAUGUUUUUCCGCUCAUUAAUGCCAAACUUCAACCCAAACCAGACUGGAGGAGCCUUGGAAGAGCCUGGGGAAAUGGGGGAGGAAGGGGAUGGUGAGGGUGCAGCGGUGGAUUUGCGGCGAAGUGUCACAUCGUUACUCGAUGCCAUGCGUGAUCUUUUGUCGAACAUCCACAUGCCAGAUGUACCAGCAGAGGGGGACAUUGACUCUGAUGAAGAACACCCUUAAACAACCCAGAUAAACUAUCAUUAAGAAUCUGUUGUAUUGGAAUUUGUUGUCAGCUUGGAGCUUUUUUAUAUUGUAAUCAGUUAUGUAUAUUUCAUAACAUACCCUUACGGUGUUGUAAUUGUAAAAUACUGUAAGAUUAAAUAAACUUCAAAUUAUUGUUGGUUGGUCACAAUUA